AUGAAGGAGCACACCCAGGUCAUUGGCAUCAGUCCCCCGACCUUGGGCUCAGCUGGCCUCCCCGUCCCUUCUCCAGCUCGUCAGCUCCUCCCUGCAGAGCUGGACUUGGGUGGUUGUGAGCCCAGGCUACGCCGCCAUGCAGAGCUGUGCUUCCUGGACCUGCUGAAUUCCUGGCAGCUGUACCCUGCCCUGCGCUAUAGGGUCACCUGGUUCAUCUCCUGGAGUCCCUGCUGCAACUGUGCCCAGGAAGUGGCUGCAUUUCUGGGUUGGAACAGCCACGUGCACCUGCGCAUCUUCGCUGCCCGCAUCCAUGAUCGGUUCCCAGGAUAUGAGCAGGGGCUGCGCACACUGCAGGGGGCUGGGGCGCAGAUCAGCAUCAUGAACUUCAAGGGGUUUAGGCAGUGCUGGGACACCUUUGUGGACCACCAGGGAAGGCCCUUUCAGCCCUGGCAUGGGCUGAAUGAACACAGUCAAGCCCUGUGGAGGAGGCUGCGGGUCAUUCUCCAGAGUCAGGAAAACCGAAGGAGGGACUGCAGCACCUCUCAGGAAGGCUGA